AAGAACCGCAGAGAAUCCUGUUGGCCAGUCUUCAACGCACCUCUUUUACGUCUCACUCACUCGCCUAAGCGUAAACCGUACCAACAUCGCCACCUUCAAAUUCCGUUAUAAAUUUCUCUCUCUACGUCUCUCGUUCUCUGUGAUUUGAAUCGCGGUUCGUUCUCAGCGAGCAGAAUGUCGUCGGGGAAGGUUAAGAAGGUGGAGACGACGCCGUUCGAUGGCCAGAAGCCCGGAACCUCUGGCCUCCGCAAGAAGGUGAAAGUCUUUACGCAACCUCAUUACUUGCAAAAUUUUGUUCAGUCAACAUUCAAUGCCCUUCCAUCGGAUCAAGUUAAAGGUGCCAGAAUUAUUGUAUCUGGUGAUGGUCGCUAUUUCUCAAAGGAUGCCAUUCAGAUCAUAAUUAAGAUGGCAGCAGGCAAUGGAGUAAGAAGUGUUUGGGUCGGUCAGAAUGGGUUGCUUUCAACUCCUGCUGUAUCAGCAGUCGUACGUGAAAGAGUUGGUGCAGAUGGAUCAAGGUCAUCAGGUGCAUUUAUAUUGACCGCCAGUCACAAUCCAGGUGGCCCGAAUGAGGAUUUUGGGAUUAAAUACAACAUGGGAAAUGGUGGACCUGCCCCCGAGUCAAUCACUGACAAGAUAUAUGAGAACACAACAAAAAUAAAGGAGUACUUUACAGUUGACCUGCCUGAUGUGGAUAUCACUAAAGUAGGUGUGACCACCUUUUCUGUGGAAGGAGGGACUUUUGAUGUUGAUGUUUUUGAUUCGGCGAGUGAUUAUGUGAAAUUGAUGAAGUCAAUCUUUGAUUUUGAGUCUAUCCGGAAGCUGCUAUCAUCUCCAAAAUUCUCAUUCUGUUAUGAUGCACUACAUGGAGUUGCUGGAGCUUAUGCAAAACGUAUUUUUGUGGAAGAGCUUGGCGCAAAAGAAAGCUCAUUACUGAAUUGUGUACCCAAGGAAGACUUUGGAGGAGGGCAUCCAGAUCCUAAUCUGACCUAUGCAAAGGAGUUGGUUGCACGUAUGGGACUGAGCAAAUCAAAUACUGCAGAUGAGCCCCCAGAGUUUGGUGCUGCUGCUGAUGGUGAUGCAGAUCGUAACAUGGUCCUCGGUAAAAGGUUUUUUGUUACCCCUUCGGAUUCUGUAGCCAUCAUUGCUGCAAAUGCAGUUGAAGCCAUACCUUACUUCAAAACUGGUCUGAAGGGAGUUGCCAGGAGCAUGCCUACCUCUGCUGCCCUUGAUGUUGUAGCCAAACAUCUAAAUUUAAAAUUCUUUGAGGUAGUCUCUCUCUCGUAUGUAUACACACACACACACACA